AUGUUUUUUACGGCCGAACCCGUGGAGGCCUCAGCUGCCCUCGCUCCGAGCUGGGCCGCUGGAGCCAGUGAGCUUGCACGAGGCAUGACUUUGUUUGGAGGCCUGCAAGAUGUCCCGAAGUCUCCAGAAGAAUCCCAUGAAGCUCCUGGUCGCCGUGUCAGCAGGGGCUUCCUUUCGAAUGGCUUGGUGGCAGCGGUUCACAUUCGCAGAGUUUCGGCCAUCCAGGUGUUAGAGGAGGACUCCGAAAGCGAAGCCACGUUUUGCGGGCCGUGUCCCAAGUCCGAGGACGACGAAGCAGCGGUUGCUUCAGAGAUCUAUCUGCUCCAGGCCUGGGAGCUGGGCCCAUUCCAAGGUAAAGAAGCAAGGAUUCGCAAAGACAAGUACAGAGUGCAUCGGGAGCAGGUCGCCCGAAGAGGGUUGCACUGCUUCGUGCAGCCGCCGGGCGAUGCAGAAGGGGAGUACCAGAUCUUCGAAGGCUUCUUCGUUGUGGGCAUUGAGGGCGACCACACCUUCAAAGUGGUGAACAGAAUCAUUGGCAAGGAUGGAUGGAACAUGAGGAGCAUCAGCUCUGAAUGCAAUGCCAAGGUUCGCCUGCGCGGCAGGGGCAGCUCUUUCCUGGAAUGCGGUGAAGAGGCCGACAUCCCAUUGCAGAUAGACAUUAUCUGCACUUGCUUUUCAAACUACGUGGCUGCCGUGGAUGAGGUAGCCGCCCUGCUCCGAGAGCUAUACAAGCACUAUAGGCGCUAUUGCCGAUCCACCGGCAUGGAAACAUCAGUGUCUCUUUGCUUCCAUGAAGUCCGACGACCGGAUCUUCUCUUCUGGCUCCCAGCUCCUCCUGUCUCUCAACUCUGGAAGCCGAUUGCAUCUCCCUGUGGCGCCCCUAAGCCGAAGGCAGCCGGGCCGGAAGAAAGUAGUGGUGAUGAACCUCAGAUGCUGAGGCUUAUUGACUUGCUGGCUGGUUUACCAGAACCUUGCUCAGAUGCAGGUGGUACUGAAUCUGGUGGUCGUCAGCAAGCUGUUGAUUCUACAGCAGACAGUGCAGAACAAGAGCUGCGGAGCCUGAACCAGACACUUCUGCUUGAGCAGAUCCAGGAGCUGCAAAGCAAAGGGCCACCAACCGGGGCAGUCGCUGCCAACUCUGACUUGCCGCCCGAUGCAUCAGGCGGAAGUUAUUUGAUCUGCGUACAUGCUGAUAUAUACCCAGUCAGCGGCUUGGGCAAGAGAAAGGCCAGAGUCCCGUGCGAAGUCAACGGCAAGGCCAGGGGCAAAGGCGAGGAGAAGGGCAAGGACAAGGGAAGGAAAGAGGGGCAGGCGAAAGGCAAGGAGAAGGGAAUGAGACAGGAGCGGGCCAAGGGCAAGGAGAAGGGAAAGGCCACGGGAAGAGGUAAGGAUCUGCCUAGGGACAAAGGUGUUGGUGGCUGGGAACAUCGAAUAGGUAAGGGCAAAGGUAAGGCGACGAGCGCGGGCGAAGCCAGCUACAAGAGCAAUGGUGCAGGCAAGGGCAAGGGCACCAUGACCAGCGAGCCUGAGACGUCCCACGCAGAUGCACGACGUGGUUCUGAAACAGAUGCUGAGCCCAGUGGCAGUGGAGGAAGCUUGCCAGAGGCACAGGCGACUUCCUGUUCGGAGGAGGUGCCGCAGCUGUUGCGGCAGGUCGUUGGCAUCGUGCAAGAGCCGGUUGUAACGAUGACAAACGGCAAGUCGAAGACUCCGAGGACCCUUUCUUCCAACCCUGAGCCAGCAUCUCCGGUGUCGACAACAGCUACAGCAGAUCUCGCGUGGGUCGCUUCUCCUGACUCCGGAUCCGGAUCGUGCUUCUCGGCGGCCAGCGUGUGUGCCAGCCCAGAACCGUGGUCGACGAAAGCCGCACUACAGGAUUUGGAAUCACAAGAGCACUGGCCUGCACUUGCGCAGGGGCCGAUACGGAAAGCAGUGCAAGAUUCCUGCUUGCCUUGGCAGCUGUCUGCAGAAGCCGGAUGGGCUGCUUCCCUGAUGCAAGCCCUACGUCUACGUGAUUCACCUGACCAUCCAGCCUCGGAAAUGCAGCCCAGGGAGUAG